AUGAUUUCAGGACUGCGUCCCGCGAAUGGUCGCCCAUUGGGGCGGCGGCUGGUGUUGGGUCUCCAUGGCCAGCGUUGCCAACUACAUUAUGAUGGCCGGAAUCGGGUGUCCAAUUUCUGGAUUCCAACCGGUGGUAUUACAAAGAAACCCAUGGAGGGUUCAAACGAGGAUGCCAAUGACCUCCUGAUCAGAGGCGGUUUUCUGCGUCAGGCAUAUUCCGGCAUCUUUCAUCUCCUGCCCCUUGGACUGCGUGUCCAAGACAAGCUCGAGCGACUAAUUGACAAGCACAUGCGCUCUCUCGGGGCGUCAAAAGUUUCUCUAUCCUCAAUAUCCGCUCAGGAGCUUUGGGAGAAAUCCGGCCGAUUGACCGAGGGGUCGGGAUCAGAGAAAAACCAGAUGUUUCGAUUUCACGACCGCAAGAAUGCUCGCUUUCUCCUUGCGCCUACUCACGAGGAGGAAAUCACUUCGCUUGUGGGCAGUCUCACUACAUCUUAUAAAACACGAAAAUAUCGCGACGAAACCCGACCACGGCAAGGCCUUCUUCGCGGACGUGAAUUUAUCAUGAAGGAUCUCUACACUUUCGACUACAAUGUACCCGAAGCCCUCAAGACCUACAAGCUAGUCAAACACGCCUACACACAGCUGUUUGAAGAGCUUAAGAUACCAUAUCUGGUCGCUGCGGCAGAUUCUGGCAACAUGGGCGGCAGUCUCAGCCACGAAUUCCACUUUAUCAGCCCCAAGGGCGAAGACCGAGUGGUGAGCUGCUCACACUGUGAUCAUGUAUACAAUGAAGAAUUGGCAGACGGAAAGACACAUCAGUUCAAGGAAUCAGAAGGGCAAAGUACCGUCCCGGGAUUCCAGACUGAAGACGCUCAGGUAGGGGGAGGCGCGACGGUAUCCAAUGGCAUGUGGAUGGCCAUAUCGCAUGACGGAAACACUCUCCUCCGGGGCUGGUAUCCCAAAUAUUCGAUGCAAGAGGGCUCUUCCGAGCCGGUCGAACGACAUGUGAACUCGCACGCCGUGAAAGCGAUUGCAGAAGCGGCAGGUGUCGAUCUUGAUCUGAGCGUGGAGAACCCGAAGGCGAAGUGGGCGGCUCAUGUUCGAUCUCGCUCGUCAUCCCAGAAACGUCGCAUUCUGGAUCUGUAUGAUUCGCAGGUCCGCGUCUACCAGCGUCCUCCACUCAGCGAUCUGCUCCAAGAAGUUGGCUGCUCUGCUGCGGAUGUCGAGUACUCGAAGUUGGACCGGUUUCCCGGCACCUCCAACCAGCUCAGUCUUGUUCGGGUCCAUGAUGGAGAUAACUGCUCGCAGUGUGCCGAUGGCUCGUUGACAAGUAACCCCGCCGUUGAACUGGGCCAUACUUUCCACCUCGGCACGCGGUAUAGUGAAGUGCUCCAGGCCUCGGUCUCCGUCAAUCAAGCUGUGCUCGACGGAUCCGCUGAAUCAAGCGCUAAGUCCUCUAAGGAGCAGAUUGUACCAAUGCAGAUGGGCUGCCAUGGAAUUGGCGUAUCUCGAAUGAUCUCGGCCGUGGCCAACCGGCUAGCAGACUCCAAGGGCUUGAACUGGCCGCGUGUAAUUGCCCCAUAUGAAGUUGCUAUCAUCCCCAACAAGGGAUUGAAUUCUGUGGCCGAGCAAAUUUACGACAGCUUGACUUCAAAGUCUGUUGACACUCUGCUUGAUGAUCGUGACAAGGGGAUGGGCUGGAAGUUGGGCGACGCAGACCUGAUUGGCUAUCCCGUGAAUGUUGUUGUCGGUAAUGGAUGGAAGAAGAACCAGAUGCUCGAGGUGCAAUGCCGUCGCCUGGGCGUGAAGAAGGAUGUAUCUAUGGACGAUCUUCCUGCAUUUGUCGAGGGUUUGCUGAGCCAACUAUAA